GACUGAUUCCUCCAUGAAUGUCCUUAAAUCAAAGAGAUGGAGACAUAAAAGAAUUGUUGAUGUCUAUUCCAAUAAUGAAGUAAACUCUGACUAACUAUGACAGGAGUACUACCAAAGUAACCUCUUUUCUUCCUGGGGUAGGACCUCCAUGAGGGGCUAUCAAACCUGAGUGUUAUAGUUAACCAGAGGUGCAACACAUUUCUUUUAUUCACUGAUCACCUUUUGUGUGCCAGGUACUAUAGUACACACUGUAAAAAAAACAGCAUACAGUGGACGCAUAGACAAAUACUUACUAGCUAGCAGACUGUGCGAAGGCCAAAAUAAAAUAGAAGAGAGGGAAAAGCAGAGUAGCAGGGGCUGUGCUCUCUGUUUGCUGAGAGUAACCAGGGAUAUCCUUUUCUAGUGAGAAUAUCUGAGCAGGCUCCUAAACAUUAAAGACACUAAGAAGUAGGAAGAUCACCUCAGUGGGAGGGGCACACAGGGUGCAGAUGAUAUUUGGGGAAAACAGCCGGUUUCUUCUUGACCAUGAAGUAAGACUGGGAAGAAGAGGAUGUGGUGAAUGGACCACGUUGUGUAAAGUCUGUGAGCAGCCCUCACUGUGGGCCUAGAGAAGAGAGGCUCCAGCUUUGGAGAUGCUUGAAGAGUAAAGUGAUGUCAUUAGGUUUUCUCUGAUUAUUUCAGAUUGGGAUUGAUUUGGUUUUGCUUUUAGAAAUUUAUCUAUAAAAGCAGUAUGAAAGAUUAACCUAAGGGAGAAGUAGAAGAAACUGACUUUCAAGCCAAUUAUUAAAUUAAAUAAAUAAGGAGAGCAUGGCAGAGACAGUAAGUUCCAGUCUUUCGAAAGGCCUGCUAUCCAGUUUCUGAUGCCUUGUCAAUACGAGAGAGUUGACAGCUCUCAAGUUUACACUUAGGUGUCUGAGUUACGAUCACAUCAUUGGGCAGCCCUGUGGCCUCUGGAGGAGAAGCAGAAAACUAAUUAAAUUUGGGCCAGCAGAAAUGCAGAUGUGGAAAUCAGAAAGCAAGUGAGGAAGAGCUGGCGGAUACUCCCAUACACAGUUUUAAAGGAGGAGCGGAAAGGAGACAUAUUCUCGACAGGCACUUCAGCGAACAUUAGUAGAAUGUGGAUUUUGACAGGGCUAUUGGGUUUGAUUCUUGGAAGGCUAUCCGUGACCACACAAUGGUCAGUUUCAGUAGACAUGUCUAGAGAGAGAGCUGUGUUGUAGUUGGCUUAAAGAAUGAAAGAAAGGGCAUGAGGCUGAGGUCUUCCACCAAAGACAACUUUGUCCUCUUUGGAAGCUUUGGACCUACCGGAUUAUUCUCCUUCAUUCCUUCCUUCCUUCCCUUUCCCCACUUGGGGCCUGUGUUUGGGCUUGCGAUAGGGGGAUUAUAGAAAAACAAAUGAUGUUUGUAUCUGUGGUGGGAGAGAGACCAGGGACAGAAGAGCCUGGUGUUGAUGAGUCGGAAUACAAGGAACAUUCUCAGUGGCCAGCUGCAGGUCAGGUAAUCCCACAAUCCUGUCUCCAGAAGGGGAAAAAAAAAGAUGAGAGUUUGUUAUCGAGCGAAUAAGCUUGGAAUGGGAAGACAGUGAAGGAGUGGAGUGUGGCGGCACACUGUGAAUGUAGGUCGAGAAUCUGAGGCAGUAAACUGACCCUAGUUAGAAACUGAAGCGCGUAUGCCCAAAUUUCUUCAAGCAUAGGGACGGAAGAUAUGCACAGAAGCAACGGUUGACAUAGUAAACAUGGAGUAGUUAAUGAAUGACCAGAUACUGUAAGCAAGUCCUGUAAUGUAGGUGGCUAAUUAGUAUUUGUGAAGCCAAGAUGGUGGUUUGGAGAGCGUGAGGUGACAGGGACACCUGAGUUUCUGAGAGCUCAAAGGUAAUGCUUGGACCCCAUUCAAGGGUAGGAUCCAGGUAGUGAGUGACUGAGGGACCUGACUGUUUGGAGGUAAAAGGUCCUGACUGGUACCAAGUUAAGCGUUAAAAGCAACAGGCAGGACAAGAGGCUCGAUGUUCAACCCUAAGGACACAGUAAGUUACCAGUGUCUCUUGCUUGUAUAGCUGUCUCCGCCCACUGGGGGCGGGGCUCGAGGACGAGGCUGGUAGCUGUUUGGAAGCCUCGAGAGCCAUCAGUUCCUACCAGACUCUUGCUGGGGGUGCUGUCCACCCCAUGGCUGGGCGCAGGUCUUCAAACGUCUACCCCCUCCCAGGCAAUAGUGGUGGCCUAGAAGGGCCGGUGCCCAUGCGAGUUGACCCUCCAACCUGGUUGAGCAGUCAAAUAGCUACAGGCAGGUUAAUGGUGAGGCCGAGUAUCGGACCAGGCAUCUGUCCAGGCCCUGAGGUGUGGGAAGUGCCUCUGGGUCCCUCACCUUAUGAAUUCCGAGGCGGCGGGAUAGCACCCUAUGUCACUGGUGAGGCAAGGGCCUGGUCCCAGAGUUCCUCUCAGGACGCCUGCCCAGGACCCUACAUAGCCCUGAGAUACAUGCCAAAUUUGGCACUGCCAGAGGACGUUUCGGCCAUACAGAAAGAGAUGGAGCAGCUGGCCAAGGAGCUGAGACAGAAGAGGAUGACCCUGGGGUACUCACAGGCCGAUGUGGGGUUCGCUGUAGGAGCUAUGUUUGGGAAGGUUCUCAGCCAGACGACCAUAUGCCGUUUUGAGGCCCAGCAGCUCAGUCUCGCCAACAUGUGGAAGCUGCGACCCCUGCUGAAAAUGUGGCUUGAGGAAGUAGAUGAGAAGAACCUUCUGGGCAUAUGCAGAAUGGAGAUGAUCCUGCAGCAGGCCCGGAAGCGGAGACGUGCUAGCAGAGAGAGACGCAUUGGGAGCAAUCUGGAGAAACUGUUCUUGCAGUGUCCAGAGCCCACGCCCCAGCAAAUCAGCUAUAUUGCUGGGCGCCUCCGGCUGCAGAAGGACCUGGUCCAAGUGUGGUUUUCUAACCGGAGCCAGAUGGGCAGUUGGCCAAGCAAUGACACCUCCCGGAGGGAGGAUGUGGGGGCCAUUGGGCCUCCCUUCCCAGGGCCGCCAGCAUGCUUUCCCCUGGCACCAGGGCUCCGUUUUGAUUUUCCCCACUAUGGGGGGUCAUGUCUUACACCCCUAUACUCCUCUCCCCCAUUUCCUGUGCGAGGAGCCUUUCUGUCUGCCCCAGUCACCACUCUGGGCCUCCCCAGGCUGUCGAGCUGAGGGGCCUACCCUGCAAGGGGAAUAUCAGAGAAUAGAGGGGAGGGGGCUUGUUUCCCAGGUUCUAGCCUUCAGUUCUCUGCCUAAAGAAUUUAAACAACCUCGGGGAGAGGGCGGGAGUUCCUUCAGUGGGGUGGGAGGGAAGUUAAAGCAUAUCACUAGCUUCAUUUUGUUUCUACCUUUGUUUAUCCCUGGGGUUGGCAUUGCAAUAUAUCUGUGGCUUCAACGUUUUGGUUUUUUUAUUAUUAUUAAUUAAAGACAUGUCCAUUGUUCCUUAUUGUUUCAGGAAUCACAAAGAGUUUAUUUCUUUAUAAGCAAAAUAUAAAAUUAAAAAUGCAAGUCACAGAAAACUACUACACCAGUGUUUAUUCAAAAAAAAAAACAGAACUUUGCACAAACACGAAAUCCAGGAUAACAGUUACUCCUGGGAAAGGCCUGGAAGUUGAAGGGUAGCACAAAGCCCUUUCAGACACUUUUCACGAAGUGUUUAUCGGAUCUGAGAGUUCUGGGAGAGCUGCUUGGGUCUCUCAGGUGUAGAAUCAUAUCAUUAGCAAAUAGAGGUAUUUGCUUCUUGCAAGGCCUCUUUCCCAGUUCGCCUUUUCACUUCCAGUCAGUGUGGGUGGACAUGAGGGUCUAAGCUCGGUUCUCAGCCUUCUCCAGGGAUACGCGCCCUGGCCUUCUUGCUUACCCUGACUGACAUUGAUGACCUAAACCUGUUUGUUACUAAGGUUGGCAAUCUGGACCACUCCAGACCUCAACCCCAGUUCUCUCUAAGUCCAUAGAGCUCUCUUUGGUCUUUGGUAAUACUCUUUGUUUUGAGCUGAGACCUGCUUUUAGGAUCAUGCUUGUAAUCGUUCCCUGGUUGGUUGAAUAGUGGUGGCCAGGUACUGUUCUUACAAUCCACACUUGGCCCCACAAAACUGUUUCCCAGCAGGCACGGAAAACCCUUCUUUCUCCAACCUUUUCCCCAACGAUUUUUUUCAAGUUUUCCACUUUCAUUCUGAUCAAUUACUAAUCUUCCUGUUUGGGGCUAGGGAACAUUGUUCAAGGACAGAGCAUGCUAAGGCCCUGGGUUUGACUCCAGCAUCCAAAACAAGAAAAAUUGAAUCUCUUUGCCUUUUGAUUUUCGACUGCAAACCUGCACACUGGUGUAUUAAAGCUCCGUCCCUGUGUGUAACUGGGGUGAAGGCUUCUGCUUGUUCCUUCUUGUGCCCUGCUGCUUCGUCUGCAUCAAUAUUCCAAAGGAUUUCUCUAGGGUUUGUUCGUUUUUGUUUUUCAAAAC